AUUCGCUUGUAGGUGGCACUGUGGCGGGCGGGCCGAGCUGCGGUGUCCCUGGCACUGCAGAAGAAAAGCUGCAUUUUGUCCUGGAAGAAAACAUCACUCAGACAGCAGCUGCAGUGUUGAGACGAGACGAAGCUGCCAGUGGACUGAAGACUAUUAGGGUAGGAGGUCACCAUGGAAACGUAACGUUAGAUACGUUAACUGAUGUGAUGACAUGACUCUGAACUGUCAGUAGUUGUGACAGUAAGUUACUUUAAGUGAUGGAGUUCCCCCAGCAUUCCCAGCAGCUACUGUCAGCUCUGCGUUCCCAGCGCCAGCGGGGCUUCCUCUGUGACUGCAGCGUCCUGGUGGGCUCAUCCCGUUUCCUGGCUCACAGGGCUGUUUUGGCCUCCUGCUCGCCUUUCUUCCACAUGUUCUACUCCGACCCUCAAGGGGUCAUUGAUGGAAAUGGCACCAGCAGCUCUGUCACACUCGACAGCGACAUUGUCACGGCUGCUGCAUUUGGCUUGCUCUUGGACUUUGUCUAUGAAGGCGUGCUGCAGCUGGGCGAGUCUCCACCAGUGGAGGACAUAUUGGCGGCUGCAAGCUUUCUGCACAUGAACGAGGUGGUGAGAGUCUGCAAGAGACGACUCCAGAGACGGGGGCCUCUGGCUGAGGCAGACAGCACUCGCUCUGAAGAGAGCGCUGGUGCCAGGAGGGCAAUAGAGACAGGAAGGGAGGGUGGGGGUGACAGUGGAGCUGAGCCGGCGGAGGCCAUGGCAGGAGAUCACUUAAAUCCAGUCGCCAUGGAAGCACCGUUCUCAUCAGUAUCUAGAAUGGCAGAGAGGAGUCAGUUGGAGUCUGUGAAGUCUGAGCGGAGGAUUGGUGGGGGGUCAUCAGAAGUACGAGUUCAGACUCCUCUGAGCCCUGACCUCGCUGAUACCACGCAGCCAGGCAUGGACGCCCCUCUGCUGCCUCCAGGCGGAGAGCUGGUGCAGGGCCUCAUCACAGGCCGGUCUGCCCCAGCCUCGGGAGGUAACGCCACGUUGGGGACUGGAGGUCAUGGAGAGGGGUCGGCACUCAGCAGCCCUUGCAGCACCACUGAGACAUACAGGUGCAGCCAUAGCAGUAACCAGCAGCCCUCCUCGUCUUCUUCCUCCCGGGUGCCAGUGAGCCAGGCUAGUGGUCGGUCAGUGGUUACUUAUUCCCAGUCAGGAUCCAGCCCCCAACAUUAUGUACCCCGACUGCCACGUGAUGACUCUGUAAGGAAACCUUCAGAGGCUGACCACAGAGGCACAUCAGGUGGAGGACAACACAUGGUCAUGUUAAUCCAAGCAUCAGCACUAACCUCACACAGCCCAACACACUCACCACCACAGCGUGCACUUCCUCAGAUUCAAAUCCAGAGUGCUGUGUCACUCCAAAACUUAGACUUCCACUCUGCUCCUCAGACCCAAACUCUUAAGAGACCUGAGGGGAAUAUGGGAGCUUCACCCACCGUUAGAAAUGAAAGCUCUCACCGUCUCAUGGGCAGAGUGAGGACAGAUGACAAUGAUGGAGAGAAUGUAAAAGUCAAAGUGGAGGCCAUUGUUAUAUCCGACGAAGAGCUAGAGGAGGAGAAAGAGGAAAGCAGAGCGAGAGAACCAGUGAAUGAAGUAGACGAUGAGUUUGAAGAAGAGCUGCACAGCCCGCAGUUUCUCUCCUCCCACCCACAGGGCCUCUUACAAAUGACCUCCCAUUCAAAUGACUACUCCUUCCCCCUCUCUCCCUCCUCUUCCUCCUCCGGUGCUGGCCCUUCCUCCCAGGACACUUCCUCCUUCGCCCUCAUUCCUCCGUCUACAGCUCAGCAGCAUUCUGACCCUUCUGCCUACUUCCAGGACUUCCAGGACUCUAUGGGGAACUUUGUGGAGGACGUCCCCACGUGUGGAGUCUGUGGAAAGACUUUCUCAUGUACAUACACACUAAGGCGCCACGCCAUUGUGCACACACGCGAACGUCCUUAUGAGUGUCGCUACUGCUACCGGAGCUAUACACAAUCAGGCGACCUGUACAGACACAUACGCAAAGCUCAUGACCACACACUGCCAGCUAAACGCAGCAAGGCAGACAUGGAGCCCUCCCUGCCCCCACAACCACCACUACCACCACCACCACCACCUCCACCUCUUAGCUAACACACAAACACACACACUAUUAUAUUUCUAUACUUACGCACACGUACCUAAACUUUAACUCUAAUUCUACAUUUAAACCUAAAUCGAGAAGAGCUGCAACUAACAAUUACUUUCAUUUUCAAUGAAUUUGUGUUGGAAUUUCCUGGAUUAAUCAGUUGUUUGUCUGGUCUAUAAAAUGUCAGAAAAUUGCCCAAAGCCUAAGGUGGCAUCUUUCUAUUUCUUCCAAAUAUUGUCUUGGGUGUCACCCUGCAGACACCCAGACUUUUUAUUCUAGUACAGAAAUACAAGAACUCAGAGUAAACACCAGCAACAUGACAGUGAUAUCAACACUUAUUCAUCAAACUAACACGUUUUAUGUUCAUGUAUGACCGUUGUCUCCAUAGAACCCUAAAACUGAUCUGGUUUUAUGCUAUUGUGCUACUCUUUUUAAACAUUUAGAAGGCAUUUACAGUUUAGGCUUGGUAUUUAUUAAUACCUUUUAUAUUAAUUUCAUACAUUUGUAUUAGUGUACAAAAACCUCAUUGUUAGAAGUUUCGGGAGAUGUUCCAAAAUGUUUCAAGGAGUUGUGUGCCAUGUGACAUCCUACACUUAGUGUUUGCUAUAUUAAGUAGUUUAAGUUUUUAUUAAGAGUUUUUUUAUUAUAUCAGGUACAUGAAUUGUAAUUUGUAUGUAUUCAGUGUGUGACUCAGUGCCAGCAAAGUUUGACUGAUUGUAAAUUUAGUACUGUAGCAUUGUACUGUUUAGAGUUUCAACCUGCACAAAUUCUAAAAUUACAACAAGAUUAACUUGU